AUAAUCUCUAACGGCAGUCACUAGGAGUUGCCGGAAAAUUGAAACAGUCGUAACCUCGCUCUGACAGCUAGCAAAAGGAGUAAAUAUUAUUUUUGAUUAAAACAAGAACAGGAGAGCAAGUUUUGUUAGAGUUGCUGAAUAUCUGGUCAUCCCGUCUUCAAGAUGCCGCUCCUUGGUAACAAGUUCAACACCAAGAAGACCCCACCCAGACGAUCUCUGUCCUUGAAUAACCUCAACAAACUAGAGAGUUCCAUCCGAGAGGAGGAGUACGGCAACGACUAUGGCCAGCCAGCCAUGAGAAUAGCUGGACAAAUCAUUAAGUUUGAUGCCGACGAUGGGGUUUGGAUAUCUGAGACUGGAAGCAGUGGUGGGGUGAGCCAGAAGGAGUUUAUUAAACUACGCAAACAGAACGAAUCCCUCGCUGAGGAGAACAACCUACUCAAGCUCAAGGUGGAACUCCUCAUCGAUAUGCUUUCUGAGACGACAGCGGAGAAGCAACAAUUAGAACGAGACAUGGGAGAGUACGGCACAGGAGGCAAGAAGUCUAUUAAGAAGAGGUGAUAUUAUGGAUGCAAGAAUGAAUGGCACUCUCCACUAUCGGCCUCAUAUAUGGGGGGUAUAAAGGGCCCCCUCUGUUGCUCUGAUCGUGACAUUGAUUGACGCAUGUAAGGAAAGUUUACUCGAAUAAGGCGCGACAAAGUCACAGGCCAAGAAUUGCAGUGAUGAAAAGAAUUAGAAAUGGCGUCUCCAAUUAUUUAUUUGGAAGUAGCUAGCGCCAAAUUUCGUCUGUGAUUUGCAACUCAUCUGUCUUUAGCAUGAGAUGGUUUGGACUUUGGUAGUGUAUGACAGUUGACACUUCAUCAAGAAAUCAUCACCAUUUUAAACAUUUGAACAAAAUCAUCAUUAUUUGUUUUUUGUCUAAUAGAGUUUUACUGUUGCAAAAUGAUUGCUGGUACAUUUAUAUAAUUACAACUCAGUAAACAAAAAAACAAUUUGGAUCUUAGUCAUGUUGGGCAGAAAAUGUUUCAUAAAAAGUAUGCGAGCGUAAGGUAUUAUAACAGCUCUGUGACAUCACACCACAAUUCAUGAAUGAAUGGCUGAUGACGUCCUAAUGUACAUUCAACGCACGAUGUCGUGGGCGAUCCAUUGGUAUUCGCCAAUUUGGGUACCCUCCAACCAUCCAACACGGUCUUGUUUAUACGCUGGUUUUCUGAGGAACUGGUACAUCUAUUAUAUAUCGUUGCGGUGUUCGCUGCCAACAAAAUUGGAUUCAAACUGCCCCCAGACUACCGGGCAAUCUCGGUAGUCUAGUUGGCAAGACACUGCUCUAGAAUUGCAAAGGUCGUGGGUUCAAAUCCCACC